AUGACUAUGGAGUUAGAAUCUCAAUCGAAUAAUACAGAUAAUAGUAUAAAUAAUAUCACUGAUUCUUCUUCUCAAUCAGAUAAUUCAAUAUUCCACAUUUGUUGUAUUGGUGCCGGAUAUGUCGGAGGUCCAACAUGUGCAGUUAUUGCUAGUAAAUGUCCAAAUAUUCAUAUAACGGUUGUUGAUGUAAGUGCUGAACGUAUUGCAGCAUGGAAUUCUGAUUCAUUACCAAUAUUUGAGCCAGCAUUAGAUGAAAUUGUUCAAAAAAGUCGUAAUCGUAAUUUAUUCUUUUCAACUGAUACAGACAAAGCUAUACAAGAAGCUGAUUUAAUUUUUAUUAGUGUUAAUACACCAACAAAAUCUUAUGGUUUUGGUACAGGACGAGCUCCUGAUUUACGUUAUGUCGAAGAAGCUGCUAGACAAAUAGCUCAUACAGCAACAAGUGAUAAAAUAGUUGUUGAAAAAUCAACAGUACCAGUAAAAGCAUGUGAAUCAAUAAAAACAAUAUUAAAAACAAAUAAACGAUAUGGUGUUAAUUAUCAAGUUCUUUCCAAUCCUGAAUUUUUAGCUGAAGGUUCAGCUAUUCAUGAUCUUUUAGCACCAGAUCGUGUUUUAAUUGGUGGUGAGGAAACUAUUGAGGGUUCAUUAGCAAUUAAAAAACUUUCAUGGAUUUAUGAACAUUGGGUACCAAAAGAAAAAAUUCUUACAACAAAUACAUGGUCAUCAGAAUUAUCGAAAAUAGCAGCUAAUGCAUUUUUAGCUCAACGUAUAUCAAGUAUUAAUACAAUUUCAGCAGUUUGUGAAGCAACAGGUGCAUCGGUAAAUGAAGUUGCAAAAGCAGUUGGACUUGAUUCACGUAUUGGAAGUAAAUUUCUUAAUGCUAGUAUUGGUUUUGGUGGUAGUUGUUUUCAAAAAGAUAUAUAUAAUUUAAUUUAUUUGGCUGAAUCAUUAAAACUUGAACCAGUUGCACAAUAUUGGUUACAAGUUAUUAAAGUAAAUGAUUGGCAACGUGAACGUUUUGCUCAAAUGAUUGUUCAUAAUUUGUUUGGAAGUGUUAGUGGAAAAAAAAUUGCUAUUUAUGGUUUUGCUUUUAAAAAAGAUACUGCUGAUACAAGAGAAUCAUCAAGUAUUUAUGUAUGUCGAUAUUUAAUUGCUGAAGGUGCAUCAUUACAUAUUUAUGAUCCAAAAGUAUCAUCUAAUCAAAUUUUUCUUGAUUUAUCUGAACAAAUUGGUACAAGUGAACAAGAAUUAUCUCAUCAUGUUCAAAUAGCUAACGAACCAUAUAAAGCAGCAAAAAAUUCUCAUGCUAUUGUUGUUUGUACUGAAUGGGAUGAAUUUGCAAAAUUAGAUUAUCAAUUAAUCUAUAGUACUAUGCAAAAACCAUCUUAUAUAUUUGAUGGAAGACUUAUGCUUGAUCAUGAUUAUUUAAUGAGUAUUGGUUUUAAUGUAUUUUGUAUUGGAAAGAAACCAUCGAAAAAUCCAUUUUCUAAUCAAAGUCCUCUUUAA